AUGGCCAUGGAUGUGGGAAAGUCCCUUUCUGAGGGCUUGCUGAGCAGGAAGCCCGAGGGUGAUGACAGAUGGGACUCCACAGAGGUGGAGACUGACUACGCGGAGCUAGUGAACAGCCCACGCUGGCUUUUAGAGGCAGAGGAAGCCAAGCCCUGCCUGCGAGGGAUGGAGAGCGUGGCAGUGAGUGGAUGCAGUCACUUGGCCACUGGUGUUACCCAGGGAGGCUUGAGUUACUGCCAAGAAGUGUCUUUAGCAUCCACAUCCAGAUUUUCCAGAGCAAGAGCAAGCCUCUCGGAGACAGAGAUGUUAAUUGGUAGAGCCGCUGAUGGUGGUGAUGGGUCUCAUCGUGUUGGCCACCGGUUCCUCUCCUCAGAAGAACAGCAGGUGAAGGCAUUGGGCUGUUGCGACCUGGUGUCCAGCCCUCCCAGCCGAUGCAACUCUGCAGAGGAGAGCAUCCUUGCUGCCAGCUGCCACCAUGCCCAUGCCAGCCAGUGGAGCCAAAGGCUGGCAUCUCAAUCCCCAUUUUCCUCCACCCCGGAGCUCCUGCAGCCCCAAACCCCCCUCAGCCCCGAGAGUGCCCUGCAGAACCACUCCGCAUCAAGCUUCUCUACUCUGUCUUCAGAAGGAAAUGGCCUCUCCAAAGAGCAAUCCCAAAUCUUGCCAGCCAGUGUGGACAUGCCUUCUCCUGUGGCCGGUGCCACCCAGGACCCAUACUGUCGGUGGGGUGCGGCAGAGGGCAGGGCACCAUGGGUGCACAAGCCCUUCAACCUUCUGUGUGAUGACCGCACCACCAUGGGGCGCAUCAGAGAGAUGUCGUCCUACCAAGCCAAUUACUGGGUGUGCACCAUACCGGAUUCGUUACCUCCAUCCCCCAACCGUCACUCGCCCCACUGGAACCCCAAUAAAGAGUACGAGGAUUUGCUGGAUUAUGCUUAUCCUCUGAAGCCAACAUACAAGCUGGGAAAGAUGCCGGAGCCUUUCCUCCAUGACUCAGGAAUAGAUUUGGACAGCUUUUCUGUUUCCCCUGCAGGUACGUCAAGGUCCACCAGCAUCUACGGCCGAGGUGACAAGGCUCAGGGAGGCAGAGAAAAUGGACAUCAGAGGUUCAUGGCCUCUGCAGAGAAGUACUCCACCCCAGGGCCUGGAAAAAGGGGCUGCUCAGGAGCUGGCUCAUACUAUGAACCUUUACCUAUUGCAAAAACAUCCUUGACAAAGAGUGCUUCCUUUCAUCCUUCCAGAGGUUUUGCUAAGGAUGUAAUGCCCGAGUCAGCUGGGCCGGGCUUAUCUGGCUGCCCUGCUGUGGAUGGGAGAAGCUGGUGCCCCAGGGGGAGCCCCGGCCCAGGCUACAAAAGGCAGGCAGAAAGCACUAAUGGGUUUUUACCUACAACACGAGUGCUCCCCCUGAGGCGAGACUGGGAGGGUGAUGAAGAAUUCCUCUCCCUGCCUCCAAGGCUGCAGGAGCUGGAAAGACUGGCUCAGUUUUUGUCCAGUCUUUCCUUAACUAUAAGGACACCCAGGCAGGACCACUGCAACCCUCCACGUCACAGCAACUGCAGGCAGCCCCUCUCAUCUGAGGUGGCUCUUUCUGGGGAAGCAGGUGACAGGGACGAAAGACGGAAUGUUGAGGAUUAUGCUGGGCUGUGGCACCCAUCUCAAAAGCCCAGCUGGGAAAACACUGAAUCGUGUGGCCGGAUCCCUAGGGAUCCUCUGCGGGGGCUUCAUCUACCAACCGGUCUUGAGGACACGUUGGAUGGGACGUGCCGAAAUGAGCCAUGGGUCAAGGGGCAUCUGAAGAAGAGCCAGGAGAGUGAGUCCCUUGCCCAGUGCAUUAAGAUGUUCUGCUGCCAGCUGGAAGAGCUGAUUCACUGGCUGUACGACGUCGCGGACAUCACCAACAGCUGGGUCCCAGCAGCGACGGGUGCCGAGAGUGCGAAGGCAUCGCUGCACCGCUAUUCAGAGUUCAGGAAAGAUGUGGCUGACCACCGGAGCCUGACGGAGAGUGUGCUGGAGAGGGGAGAAGCUCUCCUCGACUGCAUGGCAGCGAAUUCCCCAGGUGCUGCCUCUGUCAGACCUGGGCUUCGUUAG